GGGGUUUGCAUGCCAUGCAUCACGAUGUAGCGCAUUGCAACUCAUCCAUCAUACUUUGUCCUUCGACAUAAACUCCCAUCGGGAGGACAUACAUGCACAUGAGCAAUAGCGUCGGGCACGCACCACGCACAGGGCAGGUCGCGAGAGGUCGCCUCGCAUGCAUUUGCAUCGGGCGACAGGCAGCAGAUCGUUUGCACAUCCACACAGACAUGAAUGCUCAUCAAAAUCGUAUGCACAUGAUGCAUACAGGCGAGUGGGCAGUCAGUCAAAACGCCCCAAAAUCUCGCACAGAUAAAAAGCAAUAGAGACAGCACAGGCACCUGGCACGUUCAUGUCAUGAGUAUGGGUGUUGUGUCAUUGUUAACCUUCCUGCCUAGGAUGCCCAGAUGGUCGUGACCAUAGUGAAGUCAGCGCCCACACACAAAAGGGCAUACACAUGAUACGUACGCCUGUAUUUAUGUAUAUAUAUGUACACGCACAUAAAACGCAUGUACACACCCCGCACCCUAUCUACAGCCAGCUGCCUUCCUUCCUCGCAGCCAUCUGUACAGCACUCCAGACCUCGCCGAACCACCGGCCGUCGGACCCCACGGCCAUCCUCCCCAUCACCUCCCGCACCGAUGAGGCUGUCGGCCUCACCCGAGCCAGCACCCUCUCCAUGCCCUCGCUCACCCACCCUCUCAGCUGACCACGGACGAUGUCGACCCCUGCCCAGGAGGGCAAUCGCGCAGCUUCGCGUGUCUUCUCGUCCGCACCUGGAUCUGCCCUCGGCUGCUGCAUGAGGCUAAGACGCGACUCAGGGUACGUCUGGCAGGCGUCGAUCAUCCUCUCCAGAGACUUAGGCAGGACGAACGAUGCGCCCCACCGUCUGAUUAUGGAAGGUACGCCCUGGGUUUGGCCCUCUACGUAGAAUGACGAGAAGCUGCUGCUGCGGGAUGGGUGGUCUGGGUCGGGAGUGAUGGCGAUGACGUUCAUGUACUCGGAUACGCGCGUGACGCCAUCCUUCGGAGGCUUCACGUCACUGGCGUCCGGAGAUGCUGACGGAUCGACAGAGAAGCGCCAGGUGGUAAGGCUUGUCGCGGCGUUGUUUGCUGCAUACCUACCUACCUACCUUGGUUGACGACCAGGAAGGUCUCACUGUUGUGGUGUGGCCCCUUGACACGCACACACCGCUGCGUGUAGACAUAAUCACGGUCCUGCACAGAACAAUCGCACCAACGGCAAGUGAUUGUAGUCUGUGCCGUUCGUGCGACGGCAAGACACACCGGCCCUCAUGCUCAUGUGUCUGACAUUGAAUGGUCCAGGGAAGGGCAUCCGCCAGUACACGACCUUCUCCCCACUGGAGGGCAGAGUGAACGUCUGCACAACACAACAAAAAUCGCAGAACAAUUAUGAGCAAGAUGCUUCUGUUUGAUGUGAUAUGAUAAACCAGUGAUUGACCUCGAGCUGUGCGGCGUUUCGGUCCCAUGUCUUGCGAUGGUCAGAAUCACAGUUGACCGCCCAAAGCACUUCUGGCGGUGAAGCGAUGGUCCCUUUGGCGAACACCUCCACCCUCCCGGCGGCAUCAUCGCUGCCUUCGAACACCUCAACAGCGCUGCUGUCAGGCCGGCGCAACGACGUCAGCUUCCGAUGCGACUCAGCUGGCAGCCGCUUCAGGAGCUCAGCGUACUUGGCGUCAUCAGCUACGGCGACAGAAGAGGUCACGGACGGCAUGCCAGAAUCGUAUAUCGGGGACAGGAAGAGAGCGGAGCGUCGCGGACAAGGAGGAAGGAGCCGUGUGUGGGGAUAUAGGAGGGAACGGCGUUCUUCC